AUGGCCUCACCGACGGCUACACUUCCGUCUCUCCGAUCCGCAAUGGGAGCUGCCAUGUCUCCGUCAUUGCGCAUAUCGUCUCUGCUACUUACGCGCUCGUCCAUUGUCUUUCCUCUUCCUGUUCAGUUUCAGUUUGUACGCGCAAUGGGCUACAAACUCAAGACAAAAUCAGCUGUGAAGAAGCGCUUCAAAGUCAAUUGCAAUGGCCUCGUCAAGCGCGCACAAGCCAACAAGCGUCACAUUGCAACGAAGAAGACGCGCGAGCGCAUUCGUCGUCUGGGCAAGUCUGUCUUCGUGCAAGGCCAGAUCCGCAAGAACGUGCUUCGGAUGCUGGGAAAGUAG